AUCAUCGUAAUAAUACUCCUUGCAUUUUAUCGCGCCGGGUUUCAGAGUGCGAUGGACCCCUCAAAGUGCCUCGCAGGAUUUUACCAGACCUGAGCCCCGGAGACAGCGGCGACUCUGUCCUUUGGUGAAUGUGUUCCGCGAACCGGAUUCUGCAUCUUCCCGGAAAAGCAGAGGUUCCCAGGUGUGGUCCCCAGCUCCUAGACCUGGCCACUGAGGCGAGUGGACCUUUCAUGAUGCCCCCUUGCCCACCCCAGCAGGGCAGAGCCCUGGUGUCUCACCCGCUUCAACCCGAGACGGAGCAGGGCCAUGGGGUGGAGGUGGAGUUGAGUUGGCAGGAGCUGAUGUCGAUCGCGGAGCUGCAGGGUCUCAACCUACACGAGAACAUGAAUGAAACGAUGUAUUACAACAGCGCUCAGCUUGCUGUACACGGGGGAGGAUAUGGCCUGGGCACCUUCAGUGCUGUUGGUGAUGACAUGAUGUCCAGCUCAAUGCCAGGGUGUAGCCACAGCUUCCUGCCCAUAUACGACAGGGGCUUCUCAGGGGCAAUGCCAACCCACAGCCAACGCCUUCACCCUUUGACAGCCCCCGCCAGCUUGGGGAACGUGGACACUGAUUUCGAAGCCUUGGGUCUUGCAAGGAUGCCAAUGUCUUGCACCAGCCAGCCUGGGACGAGCACCAUGGGCCAAGGCAACAUGAACUUGUCUCUCCCUGGCCUGUUGAACGACACUUUGCUGGAGCACAUGGUACAAUUGGGCAUCAAUGAGGGCUUUGCUGGCAACCCACCGGGCAAAAGGCAGGAGGACUUGGAAUCGGACUCUGGGCUAUCUCUGGACUCCAGCCCUGCCCUCGCUUCUCCAGUGAACUCCACCGGAUCCGUUCUGAUUGGGGAUGGCUCCCUUACCUACAGCGAUGCAGAAUCGCUGGACGUGGAAGGGAUGGAGUAUGGGAGGCUACGAUCGGAGAAUGCUGAGAUGUACCCAAUGGACUUCCACAUGCACCCCCACUACCGGGUCCUCCCCUCCAUCCAGCACAUGUCAACCAUGUCAGUGUAUCAAAUAGAGCCAUCAGAGACCCCGCCAGGCUUCACCGGACUCCUGGGCAAUAACAGGGCUCAGUACGUGCCAAGCAAGCGUGCCAACCGAGACACCAGUCUGAGCCGGGACCAGCGAAGAGCUUUCAACCUGAAGAUCCCUUUCUCCACGGACGAGAUCAUCAACCUGCCGGUGGAUGAUUUCAACGAACUCUUGUCCAAGUACCAACUGGCCGAGCCUCAGCUCGCCCUGAUCAGGGACAUCCGACGGAGGGGCAAAAACAAGGUGGCUGCUCAGAACUGCCGCAAGAGGAAACUGGACAACAUAGUCCACUUGGAGCACGACUUGAAUCACUUGAAAUCAGAGAAGGACCAACUGGUGAAGGAAAGGGUUGAAUUUAACCGGACACUGUGUCUCAUGAAGCAGAAGUUGAACGAACUCUACCGUCAAGUCUUCACCGUGCUACGAGACGGCAACGGUCACCCCUACUCCCCCGAAGAGUUCUCUCUCCAGCAAACUAACGAUGGCAGCAUCUUCAUCGUUCCACGCGGCAUGAAAGAAGGGAAGGAUUGAGGUGCAGAGAGAGAGAGAGAGAGAGACCGAGCGAGAAACAGCUUGUCCAACCAAUUUCCGAGUAUUUAUUUCUUUUAUUGAAUGGUGAUAUAAAAAAAAAUGUUUAUUUCCACUCGACUAUGCAAUGUCUCCAGUGGAAAUCCAUCAAUGGAAAAACGUUGGAAGCUCUUUCUAACUGGAGUAGCUUUUCUUGAUAUAUUUUUUUAUAAGAGACAAUGUCAAAAUUACAGGUAAAAACUCAAGAGCUCUCUCUGCUAUAAUUAUGAUCCGUUUUAAAUGAUGUAGCAAACAGCUAGUUGCUGAUAGGGAACCAGACGCGGCGUCAUGUCGCUACAGCAGUUAGAGUGCUCGCCUCGCAAGCGAGAGGACCCAGGUCUGUUUCCCGGGCGGAGCAAAAGCUUAAAACAAGCUUUCUUACUCCGCACCCCUCUGUUUACCCAUCAGGAAGUAGGAACCCAAUUAGUCGAUUGCCGAUCGCUUUCCCGGAGUAAUAAUCCCGGCAAAAAAAUAUGCGGUCACUCAAUCCACGACUGGAUGUG